GCGCGCUACCUCGUUCCUUUUGCCUCGGAGAGAGCCUGGGAACAAGAUGGGCCACCAGCAGCUCUACUGGAGCCACCCGCGAAAAUUCGGCCAGGGCUCCCGUUCUUGCCGCGUGUGCUCGAACCGGCACGGUCUGAUCCGGAAAUACGGCCUCAAUAUGUGCCGUCAGUGCUUCCGUCAGUACGCGAAGGACAUCGGCUUUAUCAAGCUGGACUAAGUUAUCUUUGGAUGGACAAUCCAAGACCGCUACCCAAAAGAAGAAACAAUGCCAACGAUUUGUACAUAAAAUAAAAAUUCAAGCCUGAA